AAGGGCACUCAUCCCGUUCAUAUCACGGGCCAUAGCCCGGUGCCCCGCGGCUCGGCAUGAUCUGGUCCGCCCAAUCAUUGGAGCGGAGCAUGAUUGGGAGCCUGAUAUUUUACGGGCUUUACCCGUUAACACGGCUUAUAAACUGCGUCACAGAACCCUUGAAAAAGGGUUCCUCUGUGUCCAUUAAUGGCAAGAAGGUGUGGGAUGGUGAAGUCCCUUCCAAAAGAUUUACUAAAACGCAGGCAGGCCUGCUGGAUCCGUGGCUUAGUACAAGCAGCGGGCCCCCAAAGGCCAAGAAGGAUCCCGGGAAAGUGACUGGGGAAUGGAUGAAGGAGAACGGCGCACUAGAAAAGGAGAAGAGUAAAGAGGCAGAGAUGAAGAAAAGCACUGUGAAAGAGGUGAUGGGGUCUGAACCAGAGAAAGACAGGAAAGAGCCUGUAUUCGUAACUCUGGAGGGUCGGCUGCUUGAUGGAGUGAAGGAAGAGGAGCCAGAGGUGAGAGACGGCGUGGAGGAGGACAGGGUCAGAGAGGAAGGUCCAAAGCAGCAGGACCAGGAGCAGACUAUCCUCUACUCAGAGAAGCUCAUGAGGGAUGAUGGCGUGCAGGAGGCUCCCUGUUCCCCCACAGAGGAGUCUGAGAACAGUAACCCAGCACUGGGGCUAACAACAGAGACAUCUGAAGUACAGAAUCCACCAGUCAAGGACAGCAGGACAACAGACGAUAAAGCGAUUGUCCAUGUCCUGUUAGAACAGAUAGUGGAAAAGAUGAGCAUGGGAGAGUCAGUAACCAAGGCACAGGUGCAAAAACCGGAGUGGGAGAGCCAAACUGCAGCAGGACUAGACUUGAGCUCUUUUGUAGACCCACAUGCAAGCACUAGUGAAGUGCCUGCUGAGAUAUGGGAUCCUGGGCUGGACCUGGUCUCCCUUCUCUGUGAGGCAGAGGCCCAGACACAGCCAUGGGAGAGUAGGGCUCAGCCCCCACCCAAGGGCUGGCAUUUCCCCAUCGGCCCUGGCUUGAAAGAGGUGUUGUUCUGCCCUUCCACAGCGUUCCCAAGCAUGAGCUACUACCCACAUUCACUGGAGAGAGAGACCUUCGAAGUGGUGUGGAGGGUGUGGGAGGAACUCAGUGAGACCCACACAGCGCCAGAGCCUCUCCAAAGGCCCCCCUCAGAACCCCGGCCCCUGUUUGACUUCACAGUGAUGUCUUACAACAUCCUGGCCCAGGACCUGCUGGAGGCCAACCAGGAGCUGUACACAAACUGCCCUCUAGGGGUGUUGAGCUGGGACUACCGCUUCCCAAACCUCACACAGGAGUUCAAGAAAUGGGAACCAGAUAUCCUGUGUCUGCAAGAGGUCCAGGAGAACCACUUUACAGAGCAACUCCAUCCUGUCCUUCGUGACAUGGGCUACACCUGUGUUUACAAGCGGCGCACCGGCACCAAGACUGACGGCUGUGUGAUUUGUUACCGCGGCGACCGUUUCUCCCAGGUGUCAGAGAGUCUGCUGGAGUUCUACAGGCCAGAGUGUGAGCUGCUGGACCGAGACAACGUGGGCAUUGUCCUGCUGCUCCAGCCAAUUAUCACACAGGGGUCAGAAGUCACUGCCAAGGGCCCACCCCUCUGUGUGGCAACCACCCACCUCCUGUUCAAUACCAGGAGGGGUGACGUGAAGCUGACCCAGCUUGCAAUGCUGCUGGCAGAGAUCGACUACAUCGUGAGGAACUGCAAGGUGAAGGGAGAGCACUGCAAUGUUGUUCUAUGUGGAGACUUCAAUGCUCUGCCCAACAUGCCUCUGUACCAACUGAUCACGACAAGACAGCUUUACUAUCAUGGUCUACCUGCCUGGAUGAUAUCAGGUCAAGAGGAUCUGUCCUACAACGUCCAUCAUAGGAGGGUAUUCGCUCCCCUUUGGCCAAGCACCGUGGGCAUCGAUGACAACUGCCAGUAUACAACUGUAAAUGAGCCAAAGAGUCAAAUCACGUCAACCCAGAGUCCAGAACGGAACCUGCAGUACAACCAUGGCUUCCUGCGGCGGCUGCGUUUCUGUGAGGCUGCCUGUGUCCGGCCACAGGACCUGGAGCUCAUCCCAGGGGUCACUGACAACACACCUGAUCCUGAGGACAAGCAUCCUUAUAAAACAAGGUUCAGACAGACUAUCUCCCAUUACCUGAACCUGCGGUCAGCCUACGGCCACUUCAUCCCUGGAACAGACCGUGCUGAGGUGACCACGCUGCACUCCGAGGUUGGAGCUACAGUCGACUACAUCUUCUACUCUCCAAGGCGUGGCAUUUCUGGUGCUGAUCAGAAAGGUGGAGGUCAACGGCAGAGCCAAGGUCUGAAGCUGCUUGGUCGUCUCUCCCUCCUACCAGAGGAGGACCUCUGGUCAAUGAACGGUUUACCCAAUGAAAUGUUCCCCUCGGACCACCUCAGUCUCCUGGCCAAGUUCCAGCUGGACCUGAAUCCUGUGUGAUUUGGGCUGUCUAUGGUCAAUGAAGAAUCAGGAGGACAGAGGUCAAGCAUUUAAACAUUUUUGUUCAAACCUUACAUGAUUUGCCCAUGGCACAAUUCCAUGUUUAAAGUGAAUACUUACUUGGUCCCUGGGGCUCACAGAGAGUUUUGAGUCCCAUCUAAUACUCUGCUUGUUUCCUACCUGAAGAAAAACUACUCAGCCCAAUUCCCAGAAGAGAUGGGAUGUCCUCUGAAUGAUAUUUGUUUACAUGUAUAGAGAGAAAAAAAUAACCAAAAAGGUUAGAUUCAUUUAGUUGGAGUUUAUUUGACAAAUGCUCUUACUGUUAAGAUAUGAAUACAAGAAGCUUUUAGAUUUAGAGGUUUAUGGGGAUUUUGUUUACUCAGUUUGUUCACAAUCUGCAACACUAGUAAAUUGGAACAUUUGUCUUAAAACAUUUACAAACUGUGAAAUAAUUUAAUGUCAAUGUUUUCUAUUUAUUUAGCUGUUUUCCCCCCUAUCCUCUGGCUUUGGUCCAGUCAGUAUUAUUUGUUCAAGUGGUAGAAAUCUUAAAUAAAUCUAACAAUAGCUUGGCAGUCUAAUUAGGGUGAUCUACAUCAUCUUUGGGUGUUAAAAUUGUGACCUGAAUGUUGUCAGUGCCACACUGAGAUGGAAGCUCUCUCGUUCUACUGAGGCACUCUGUCAAGGAGAAGAUGAGUGUGGCUGGCUGAGGCAUGAAUCAAUUAUUCAUUCAGGUUGCAGGGAGGGAGCGUUCAUGCAUGCUAGGGCACUGUCGGGGCUUCUGUGUGUGUGUGUGUGUGUGUGUGUGUGUGUGUGUGUGUGUACACUGCAGUCUAGACCAGGGUUUUCCCAACUCAGUCCUACGACUCCCCCUGGGUGCAUGUUUUUGUUUUUGCCCUAGCAAUACAUAGCCGAUUCAAAUCAUCAAAAUUUGAGUUGGUUAUUUGAAUCAGCUGUGUAGUGCUUGGGCAAAACCAAAAGGUACACCGGGCAGGGGGGUUCCCAGGACUGAGUUUGGGAAAGCCUGGUCUAGAGGAACAGCCAACAGACUCCUGUCAAGACUAAGACCUCUAGUUAUAGCUCACUGGAAUGACACAAAUGUCAAGGUCUGACACUUCCUUUAGUCUAACUACAAUAAAUCAGGUGUUCUCUCUCAGGUCUUUCAGGGAAUUAUUUUCUGUAUCUCAUAAUGAAUCACUGAAAGAGUUUUUAAACAUUAAGUUAGCAUAAAGGCAGGCAGUGGGCUCAGUGUGUAAGAAUUCCAGGAUCUACCUUGAAACCUAUACAUGAGUUUGACUGCUGCACGAAAAUAUAUUUCCCGUGGCACAAAACACAUGCACUGAGGAGAAAUGGGUCAGUAGGUUUUUCAAAGUAGGCCACUAUUCCGUCUGUCUUCAUUUCAUAAACAGUGGUGGGGGAGGUAGUACCUAGUGUUUGUUACCUCUGGGCUUCUGUUUUGUCUCCCUCUGUGCCUUCAUACAUUUGAAAUCAUUCUUGCCACUGAACAUUACCAACCCUACCAAACCUAUUUCAACUGCAGCUGUGAUUCCUUUAAACACUUGCAUUUCACAUACCAUACCUACAUGAUGUACAUUCAGCUAUAGCAUAUACCAACAGGAGCCAUUUCAUAAGAAAACAGUCCCCAGCUACUCUUGUGCUACUGUAUAUAAGAGCUAUCAAAAUCUCCCUGGUCUGAACAUGAAACAGUAACAGAGGCUGUUUGUUCAGGAGAGCAACAACCAUGGCAGUCCUCUGUACUCCUAUGAUGAAAUAUGUCAGGUUAGCAGGGUUUAGUUAAGCCUUGUUAGCCGAUUGCAGUGCUGUCAGGUAGACUAUCCAUUCAGCCAGGCUUCCAUUAGACUUAAUUGAUUUGUGCAGGAGAAUCCUUGGGCGUCAGUACACUGUAGACACAGCCAGCACAGUACAAUUCACUUGUACAACCCAUGCUAGUUGCUAGCACUGGCAUCUCUCCAAAAGCAUGUGAUGAAUGGGAAAAGAGGUAUGUUAAUCACUCAAAUGUUACACCAUUUGUUUUCAACAAAUCUGGUCAAAUACCAGUUCCUUGUUUAUUUCAGUUUCAAGUGUCACAAAGCCAUACGGGUGAUUUACGGUUACAAUAUUUUAGAUGACAUGUAUUAAUACAGUGUCAUCACCACAUCUUUGCACUAAGGAACAAAAACAGACCACAUUGCAAUGAAAGGAGGAAAUAUCAAAACCUCUUUCAUGUCUUGGAGCCCAAAAUGGGCUAGGUCAAAUGUCUCACAGUGUACCAGCGGGCAACAGAAUAUACAGAAAAUUCAAAUUAGUAUAGCUGCAACCAAAUGUUGUUCAUUGUCUUACUGUAUGGUCCCCCAGUACACAUAUCCUCAGUAUGGGAUUUGUAUUAAGCUUUCUUUGAAGACAAUUAAAGGAGGAAAUGUUAGUCACUCUCUUUAGUCCAGGCUAGACUGCCCAGUUUGGACUUGGUUGGCAUGUAGGCUAUCAGUUUGUCCUCCAUGUCCUUAGCACCCAGUUUAUUUAUACCGUAUCGGUCAUUGAUUUUUAACUACAUUUUGUCCACUGUUGUAUUUUGUCGAUCUCUAAAUAUAGCUGAAGCUUGCUAAUAAACUUUCAGCCAUCUGA